ACAAAUAGUUGCAUGUGACAUUAAAUGCACAUGUGAGCAAUUAAUUUUUAGUCAAUCAGUCAAGAAAGCGUGAAAUAUAAUCUCAAGUUUAAAAAAUUUAAAAAUGACAGGAACAUUUGACGUAUAUGUUGCAAAUAUACCAGUUGAUAUCGAUGAGAAAAAAAUCAUAAGUAUUUUUGGUGAGGUUGGAGAUAUUGCUGGUGUGAAGUUUUCAGUUUCGCAAAAACCAUUUGGCAACAGAAUUUGUUUUGUGAAAUAUUUAAAGGAAUCAGAUGCAGAAUGCGCUGCAAAGUAUAAACAUAACUUUAGGCUAGAAGAUGGUACACUACUAACUGUUAGAUACAAUAGCAAAAACAUCUCACCAAAGAGCACUAGCAAUGGUGAAGCUAAUGAACAUAAUGGAAGCUAUCAAAAUGGUUUUCAAACUCGUCAUCAACCAUAUCAACAAAAUGGAAGUUUAGAAACUACUCACCAACCUUUUCAACAAAAUGGAAAAGAGCAACAAUCCAAUGGGCUUGAGAGCAAAAAGUUGAUGGUUGUUGUUCAUGUAGAGUCGGCUAUAAGUUUUUAUGCUCAGAAAGUUGAUAAGAGUGAUGAAAAUAUUUUAACGGAAAUAACAAAUGAACUCAAUACUUUAUGCUCAUCUCAACCGAAGGUUUCAGGGCAAAUUUCUACUCAGCAGGUAUAUGGAUGUAUUUUUGCUGAAGAUGGAGUGUGGUACAGAUGUCGGGUGGAAAAAAUAUUAAACAACAACAUGGUUCAAGUUCGUUAUAUUGAUUUCGGGAAUUGUGAGGCUGUUGAAAAAAGUAGUCUUGUCACACUGCCUGUGGCUCUAUCUGGUUUUUCUCCUGUGGCAUUAAGUUACUCUUUGUCAGGAAUAGAACUUGUAAACGCGGAAGAUACAUCUGAGUUGUUCAUUAAGGGUAGAGAAACUUUGAAAGAAAUUAUUCAUGAUAAAUAUGUUGAAAUCAGUACAGAAAAUUCAGAUGAUAAAAAAAAUGGAAACUUAUGUACAAUUCAUUCUAUUAAUAAAGUCGAAGCUGGACCAGAAUUUAUUACAAAAUUAAUUUCUACAGGUGCUGUAAGAAAAAAAGUUUUAUCAGAAAAAGUUUUUAAUAAAUCUGUAUUUUCCCCCUUUUCUUCUUCAAACAACAUUAUAUUGCAAAAAACCAGUCCAAAGCCAGAGGAUUUAAAAGUUAUAGAUGAGAAAGCUAAAGAUUUGCAAAUGCAGCUUGAAAAUGCAGAAUCAGAAAUAAAAACAUUAAAAUCAAGACUCAAAGAGUUAGAGAUAAUACAAGGGAAGGUCACAAUACAAGAAAAGAACUUACAAGAAAUGCAUUUAUUAAUGAAAACACCAGUUACAUUUUGUUUACAAAAGCUAUUUAAAAAUGUUCAGAAUUUGCGUAAUGUUAGAGCUAAAUUUGCUUCAGGAGAGAAUUUAUUUCCUGCUCAAAUUCAAAAAAUGGUUGAUUUGAUGUUACAUUCACAUGAAAAUAUUAAUCUUGGUCAGAUGAGACACUAUCAAAAUGUCAUAACUACUCAAAGUUUUAUAAAAGAACAUAAUUAUCAAAUAUCUAAUUGCACAAAUAAAGAAAAGUUACAAUCUUUAAUAGAAGCUCGUGAUAAAGCUAUUAAAAAACUUGUUCAUGAAAUAAAAGUUUUUUUAAAACAUGUAGCAUUGCUACCAACAGCUGAGCGGUUGAGCAAGUUGAAAUCUGUUCAAUGCGAGAUCAAUAAUCAAUAUAAAAAUGUUUUAGAAAAUAGACAUAUUGUUGAAUCAUUGGAACAUCCAACAUUAGAAAGUGCUGUUGAAAAAUUUGAAACCUCAACAAUGCUUAAAAAUGAUAAACUAAAUGCUCUGCAAUUAGCUGCUAAUGAAAAAAGCAAUAAAUUUUAUACAGCUCUGAGUGAAUCACUGCGUGAAUGUCAUUGUGUAGUUAAGGAUGUCAAAGGUGAAGUGGAAAAUAUUGACAAUUGUAUAAAGGAAUACGAAGAGGCAAUUAAUGAAGAAAUCAAUCAAAUAACUGCUUUAGAAGAAUUAUAUAAUAAUGAAAAUGUCUUGAGCGAUGUAGUUAUUGCAUUAGAAAAAUCUAUAUCAUCUGAAAUACUUGAUAUUCAAAUCUUACAAUCCAGCUUGAUUGCAGACUAUGAAGAAAUGAUGGAAAAAUAUGAAAGCAUUCUUAAUAACAAACCUGACACAACAAAUGUUUUUAUUAUACGUAAAAAGUUAAAAGUUUUGAAAUCAAAACACAGACAUCUUCUUGCUGAUAUAAAUGACAUUGAAGAGGAUUCUGAAGAAAAUGAGAGCGUUAAUGUUGAAUUGCUUGAAGAAAAACUGAAAGAGCUUAGAAGAGAUCUUCAUUAUGUUUUUGUUGAAGAGCUUAAAGAAAUGAGAAAACUUUUAAAUCUAUAUGAAGAUUUUCCCGAGUUAAGUCAACUGUAUCCUGAACUUCAUCUUGAUAAGUUUAAGGUAUCUAAUGGACUGCUUCAAAGCAGUCGAAGCUUAGAAUAUUAUUCCCAUACCCCGAUGAAAAUACUUGGAGAAAAAAGCAAACAGACAACAUAUAAAAGUUUUUUUAACAAUCAACCGUGUGUACUUAAGGAGGUUAAUAUAGAUGAAAAGUUUGUAACCUACACUGACGUUUUGUCCCGGUUAAUCGAGCAUGAAAAAUUGUUUGAAAGACAUGGUUGUCAAAGAUGGCAGAAAACUGAUUGCCUAUUUAAAGAUAGGGGAGAACGUAAACUUUAUAUUCAAACUUCAUAUUAUGAAGAAGGAAACAUUGAGGAAUUCAUUAAAAAGAGAAAACCUAAUAAUAGUAUCAUUGCUAAUAUUUUAAAACAGAUUCUGCUGGCAUUAGACUCUCACGACGGAGUAUACGGCUCUCUGAAGCCAAAUAAUAUAUAUGUAAAAAACGAAAUGGAUAACUAUGUUGUUGUUUUAGGCGAACCAAACUUUUUUGAGACAAUGGAACGCCGUAUGAAUUCAAGUAUAUUUGUGCACAAGUCCAUAUUAGGGUACCCUGUUCUUGAUAUAUUUCAAGAGCUGCCAUCACCACAGUUUGACGUUGUUUGCUUUGCUGGGUUAGCAUUAUGGAUGUUGUAUCCGGAUGGGCCUUUUUCGCAAAAUAUCCAUUCAGAUAUUGAAGUUAUUGUUCAGGAUGGAGAGUUAAAAACCUUGUUUAGAAGAAUCUUAAGUUUGACACCGGCUGAUCGAUCCACUUUUAAAGAAAUAUUAGCCCAUCCUUUCUUUGCAAAUAUAAAUUUGGAACGUGAGAUGACAACCGAAAUAACGAAUAAAGAAAAAGAUUACGAUGAUGAUAUCCUCAGUUCUGAUACGUUGCUUGUUGAAUUAGUCGAUAAACUAGAUGGUCUUAUGAAAAAGGAUGAUUAUAUCGAAGAAGUAGAAAAAGACCAGUGUUUAUCGAUUGACGGCGAUAUUGAGAAUGAUGAAAAAAAUAACGAAGUUGCACUUUUAGCAUGGUGUGAUAUGCUAGAGAAAAAAAAUCAUUUGCGUAAAACAUUAAUCGCAAAGCCCGAAGAGUCACUUAUUUCUGAUAAUGAAGAUUUUUGAAAUAUAUUUUGUUUUUUUAUCUGGUGCUAAAACAAAGCCAGAAUUAUCUUUUUAUCUUUUUGAAAAAAAUAAUGCUUGAGUUGAUUGAA